AUGGGGCAACAACAAGUUGAUAUAAUUUAUCAGGACGAGCAAACAAUGGCCUCUGCUCCCAGUGUUUACACCGCGGAACCUGCUUAUCCUAUUCUGGCCCAUUCUCUCCUCACCAAGCCAGAGGCCAAGAUCACGGAUACGCGGAAUCCAGUACAUGACGCAGGACAAAAUGACCACUGGAAUCUGAAAGAUGACUGGGUUACUGGGAUUCAAAUCAACAACUCUGCAAUUUUCCGCUGCGGUGCUGUCAUUGGGUUCUCGAGGCUGAGAUCUAGAAGCAAGGAUACCGAUGAGUAUAUCGGGCAGAUCCCUCGUUUCCUACUCACAUCUCAUUUGCUGAGAAUUGCUCACUCUUCUGAGCCCACCGCGUUCAUCAUUUAUCCAAGCAACUUUGACGCCUUGGCCCCGAGGCUCCUGCUCAAUGCACUGCAAUCUCCUUCUGGGGAGCCAGGCCUAUCAAGAGCAGAAGCACUGCAACUUCUUGACACAGUGCAGCUACUUCCAGUGCAAACACUUCCAAAUGCCGCACAAGCCAUCGGCAAAGUAUCAGAAUCACUCCAAGAGAUUCAAGAAAAGCGACAAGCACAGCAUCGAGACAACCCCGCGGAGCCCACUCAACCCGUCAUCCUAAUCGUGGUUGGCCUCGACACCCUUGCUGAAGGUGUCAUUCGAGCUUCAAACCCCGUUCGAGGAACAGCCUUACUAGCAGCCACGCAGCAAAAUCUAACCCGCAUGGCUCGGGCAUAUGCCUCAUGGCUUUCCAUCAUCCUCAUCAAUACAAGCGGCCUCGGCACCGUCCAUUUCGAUUCUAACCAGCUACCGGAUCUAAACCAAACCAAGAAACCAAAUGAUGAGGACGCAAGACCAUCAGGCGACGAUGGUAUUCAUUCCAUCUUCCAAAUACCAGGGACAUCCCUGCUAUCUACUCUCCUCAUGAGAACCCUAGACCAGGGGAUCGAUACACACAUCUUGCUCUCGGAUGUGAAAGCUACACAGAUUGCCGAGGUCAUCAAGGAUCGAAUUGGCACUGGACUCGGGAAAUGGGGGAUAUGGUCUCCCAAACGAUGA